UGGAAGCCGACACAAACCACACCGCUCCCCGUCCGCUGCGCCGGCCGCAGGGUUCGCAGCCCCCAGAGAGGAACGCAUGGCAAAAAAAACCCCGCUCGUCUUUUAACGACAGCGUUUCGGUGCAGACCAUGCCCGCUCCCGUCCCGAGCUAGGUGAAGGUUAUUCAGACAUGUCCCACCAGCAGCGGCUCGUCCAGCUCUCCGGAGCGUCGCUCGCCGUGGUCUUCGGGCCGGACGAGGAGAGUUUGCGCGCCGUCGAAGGGAAACCCAACGCGCCGAGUGGCCAGGAGAUCUUUGCUGACUUCAAGGCGCAAAACUCGCGCAGCUUCUGGAAUAAGAGACUCGUCAAGGCCAUGGCGGAGGUGCACUUUCAGGGAUGGAUGGAAAACUUGGUGCUUUUCAUUCAAGGGAACGCGAACGACUUGGAGGUGCUGAGGGAAGCAUGGAUGCGCAGGGCGCUGAGGUCACCAAAGGGAUUCCUUAUUAAAGCUGUUGGUGAUCUCUCCCCAGUGCAGAUGUCCCCGGUUCCUCAGUCGCAGUUCAUUCCCUUGGCUGAAGUGCUGUGCUCUGUCAUCUCCGACAUGAACUCUGCCCAGAUAAUCGUCACCCAGGAGGCGCUUGUCAACUACAUGAGCAAAGCCCAUCCAGGGAUAACCAUUCCCACUCAGGACAUCCUCUAUAACGCACUUGGAACUCUGAUCAAGGAGCGCAAGAUUUACCACACCGGCGAGGGCUACUUCAUUGUCACACCUCAGACAUAUUUCAUCACCAACAACAUGGUUCGAGAGAAGAACUGGUGGACCUCUGGUUCAAUUGAUGACCCUCCUCUAACCCCGCCUGUUACUUACCUUUUGAGCAAUGAAGUCUGUGUUGAGGGCACUCAAACAGUCCCUGUUGCCCACUGCAGGUCAUGCAGCUGUUUUAGCCCUCAUCAAAAUUCCCCCAACACCACUGCCGCCACUGAAACGGCCACCGUCCCUCCUUCCACUGUUCCUGACCAGCAUUCUGUGUCUGUGUCCAUAAGCGAAUGCACGGGAAGAAGCCUAAAGUGGCCCCGGGCGUCAGAUCAUAAACCCUCAGUGCAGCAUCAGUCCACAUCCACAGCUGCUGAUUGCCAAGCUAGUGAGAUCAGCAAAACAACAGCCACUACAAAUGCCACAAAUCGGAAAGAAAAGGAUAAACCUGUGAGGAAGUUUGGUCUCAGCUUGUUCAGAAGGAAUGGAGCUAAAAAGGAGAAGCCAAAGAAGGAGUACGCAUCAUUUUCAGGUCAGUUCCCUCCGGAGGAGUGGCCUGUGAGAGAUGAGGAAGACUUGAACAACUUGCCCCGAGACCUGGAGCAUGCCAUUAUCAAACGCAUCAACCCUGAACUGACUGUGGACAACCUGACACGGCACACCGUCCUAAUGAAGAAACUGGAGGAGAGAAGGGAAAGGGGAGUGGACAAGAUUCUGGAUCGAGGUCUAGACAGCGAAGACAAGGGAGUCAACAAGGGAAUGUCAACCGACAUCCUAACUUAUUCCAAACACAGGCAUCACCACUUGUCUAAAGCCAGUGGAGGGAAAAGAUUGUCUCAGAAGGUUUCUCGUAGCAAGAGGAGGGUCCACUCAUCUCGAGAAAAGCAAAGGGAAAGGGACAAAGACAAGUUUAAAAGCAAGGCCCCCAUAUGUUCCGACAUUUAUCCAGAUGAGGAGGAUUUGAUUCCAACAAGGCUUAGGGGAGAAAUCUCUGCUGAUGCUGCAGAUCAAGCAGAGGAGCCUGGAAAUGUUGAGGGAAAGAGUCUCUACAAGAAACGCAUUGAUAAUCCUUUCCAGACUCAUCCAAUCAAGGAUGCUGAGAACAUAGCUCCCGCCAACAGGGAGCACAGACGACGAGAGGCCAAAGAAGUCAAAGAGGGCAAAACAUCUGUGUCUGGAAGAAAGGAACGAACUGGUCACCGCUCCAAGUCAUGGGAUCCUCAUCGGGCAAAGCUGAUGGCAGCAGAAGAAGAGAAUGGCCUGAAAUUCCCCUCGUCUGAGGACAGAAACGGCUGUGACCAUGAGACAGACUUUGUUGCUGAACAUCUGCUCCUGCCAGACAAGAAGGUCAGUAGAGAGCUUGGUUUGGAAUACAGCUCAGCAUAUCUACAUGGCAGCACGCUCAGGAUAGAUGACAAAAUUCGGCAUCAAGAUGAACAAAGAAGCAAGGAGAUUUGGGAGAGAGAAGGCAAAAAUGGAUAUUUUCAAGAUGUCCAACAGUACAAAAAUGUACCAGAACAAGGCAAAAUAAAAAAUGACAGUCUCACUAACGUCCAGCAACACUCCAAUAUGACUACUGUUUCCCCUACCUAUCCACAUCAGUCUGCAAUAAACCCUGCACAUAAUCCAGAUCUGCCAUGGCCCAAGCCCUCUUUACAGCGGAAACACUCCCUACGACUUUCCACUCAACACAGGGAUAAUAUUCCAAGGCCAAAGGAUCUCUCCAUGACUAUUGAGGAUCAGCAGGAGAUCCGAUCAGCCAGCAGAACCAUUAACAAUGGAGAUGUUCUGGAACUGACCCCUGACAGUACACCGCUAACAGUAAACAGUGACGGUUUCAUAGAGGAUGACUGUAGGCUCUAUGAGGCAGCAGAUGGACCAGAAGAGGAAGAUGCCUGCAGCUCCCUGUGUCUGAACACCGAGGAGAUGAUUGAUGUAGAUGAUAAUUACCGAACUGGUAUUGCAAACUAUCACCAGCUGGUUUACAAUGACCAUGAAUCUAAAACCCAUCAACAUUCCUAUUACAAAGUUAUGUUUCAACAACCGCAAGCUGCUUGCAAACAAGACUUAACACAUAGCACUUUAACAAAUCUAAUUACUCCCACGAGCCAGAAAGAAGCUUCCCUCAUAGCCACAAGACCAGCAGAGAGCAGCUGGAGACCUCAUCAUCAAAGACCUAGAUCACCGGGGACGUUACGUGAGCAAAGUCCUGAGAAGGGUCUAUUGAUCCAGGGGGAGAAGGGAUGUGGUCCUAUUCUGGAUGGAAACUGUUCAGAGCUAUGCGAAGGUGCAGACAGCAGCAUCUUUGACUACUGCCAGGCCAGCGAGCUCGAAUCAGACUCAGAGACUGUCCGAAAAUCAGCAGACGAAGGUGACGGCGAGUCUGCACACUGGGCUGUGGAUGUGCAGGAAGAGCGGCAGGACGGAUUUGAUGAGAAUUGUGUUUCUCAGGCCCACAAAGUUAUCCAGAGCACACCAACUGGGGCCAGAAGAGCAGAGGAAAUGGUGGAGAACCAGAGCAUCACUGGAGACAGUGGAAUAGAUUCCCCUCGGACCCGUGUCAGCCUUGCAUCGAGCAACACCGUUAUCCUCGAAGGUCUCAAGAGACGGGGCUUCCUGCAGAACCUGGAGAAGCUGCAUGCAAAGAGCAGCACUAUCCGACCACAGAGCUCACUGCUACAGCUAACUCCUGUCAUGAACGUAUAGCAGAUCCUUGGUAAAGCAAUGCUGAUCAGUCUUCUUGAAAAGGCUCACAUGAUAUGCUUACCUCCCCAUAUGGACACCUAUGACAACAAAGGUGUGUAAAAAUGUACAGUGAACACAAUAAAUGUAAAUACUUAAAUUCCGCUAAGAUAUAUCCAGACUUACUUGUGUAUGUGCUGUCAUAGUUUGUACUGUAUGCAAUAUAAAUGCUUUUUUUCAUUGUCCUUUUAGCUCAAAUGUGUAGAAAAGCACAUUUCCUAGUUUUUCAAUUUUGUUCUUGAGUUACAAAAAUAAAAUAUAUUAUAUAUUCA